GGGCCAUGAUCAUUUUCCAGCUUUGCUCAACAUGUGUGUUGUGGGCUAUGGCUGCCUUGCUGCUGCUUCUGUCCGUGGCAAGGGCCGACCUAAUCCAAGAGAGUCUAUCUUUGCAGAAUGACUUCUGGUUCAACCACUUGCGUGGCUUGGCCCCGGCGCAUCCCAGUGUGAUCUAUUCGGGAGCGCUGAAUCAUCAUGGUGACAGCUUCCAUGCAUUGCCCGCUGCGGACUUCUACUUGAUGAUGGCCUACAGCCCCUGGUGGCUGCACUGCCGCCGCGCGGUGGUGGAGUUCAACCGCCUUGCGGCUUCCCUGGCGUCGAGCGCCUGUGGCCUGGGAACCCUACUCUUGGAUUGCACAAGGCCAUCGAACAGGGGGAUGUGUGCUCGGUUUCUGGGCGAGCCCCGCGAGCCCGUGCCUUUGUGGAUGGCCGGGGCUAGCCUCAACCAGGCCACGCUGUCCGAUCCGUGGCCGGCCGCUGCCAUGCCGCUGCUGGUGCUGGGGUCCAAGGAGGAGUUCCUCUCUCACGACCCCCUGGUGCGUGAAGGCCUGGCGGUGGCCAGGCUUACGCCAGGUGAAGGCGCCGAAAAGAUCUUGGACUGGCUGCGCCGGGCCCGGCCACAGGAAUUGGGUCGGUGCUCUCCAACCUUGGCGCCGGCGAAGCCGCCGUGGCCCCUGAACGCGCACACCUGGGAGGGCCGGACCUCCACCGCUGAGGGCGACUUCCGGCGGUUCCCGGAGCACGACGUGCGCGCCGGGCUGGCGCUGUGGCUGCACGAAAUCUUCGAGCGCCAAGUCUGGGAGCUCGAAGGCGAUGCGCCGCGCCAGCGGCGGAAGAAAGCGCUGCUGGACUUCCUGAAGCUGCUCUGCGGCUACUUCCCGGACCAUCUGCCCGGGCAGGUCGGCGACUGCCGCGAGUCCUUGUGUCACUUGGGCUGGUUGUUGGCGGACAAGAAGUUCUGGCUGGCGCACACCGAGGAGGUGGAGGUGUCCGUCGAAGAGGCGGGCUACGAGGGCCGCCCGGGGCCAGAGCCGCACGUUCCGCCGCAGCUCUUCCGGCGGCGCCGGCGCUUCCGGCGAAUUCUGUGGGAGAAGCUGGAGCAUCGCUGGCGCCUCUGUGGCCAGCCCUGGCCGGAACUCGCGAGAACAGGUUUCGUGAUGUGCAAGUCUGAAGAUCCAAUGGCGGGUCGCCUUCCUUGCGGCAUCUGGGGCCUCAUGCAUGCCGUCUCCGCAGAAAUCGCCGAGUUGCACAAGUGCACCAUGGCGCACGCUGAGAACCCCGACAACUGUAUUGGCCCACCGGAGAACCUGACCGCGGAAGAGCUGUUGGUGUAUAUGCGAGAGGAGGCGAAGGACAUGCAGCAGCUCCAGAUGGAGAGGCAAAAGGAAUACUCUGAGGAGGAGCUUGCGGUGAAGCCUGUCCGACUGGCGAAGGGAGAUGGCUGGUGCUUGAAGGCUCAAGGCCUCUACGAGGGCUACAGCUCCGCUCCGGGGAACAAUCUCACUGCAGUCAUGCGGAUGGAAGUGCUCAAGGGCGACGACAAGGUGGCGGGUACUCUCAUUCACUUCCAGGGCGAAGAAGUCCAUGACCAGGUUGAGCUUCAGCUGACUGACGACUUCAUCAGAAAAGAUGGAGGAGCAGUUGUGGACCGUGUCGUGAUGGGGCCCAAGAGCAUUGACGCCUUGGAAUUCAGGUUCUACAAGCUCAGGACCGUGCAAGGCUCCCCUGUGCCAUCGAAGGCGGCGCCAUGGCAGGACAUGCUGCAGGGCGCGCUGGCGGAACAGCCUGAGUUGGUCUUCGAAGGCCCCAGGCCGUGCCAGGGGCGAAGCGAGAAGAUUUGCCAUCAGAGGUGCUCCAAAUUCCGAUUCGAGCGGGUUGAGGCGGAGUCUGAUCCGGCUGGCAACGUUUCCUGGGGGCGCCUGGUUGAUGUUUCCAAUGCCUCUGGAGCUGCCUGCGUCGGGCGCAUCUAUCGCAAGAAGUGGUUCUUUUGGAGCGAAGAUGUCGGGAUGGGCCUUGUCCCGUGCUCAGAGGCCAGCCUUUUCCGCAACGUCGUGCAUGGCGUGGAGAACCAGUCCUUCUGCCCGCGCGGCGCCAGGUGCCUGGAUGUGGAUUUCCAGCUUCAUUUCGAGGAUUUCCCGUUCGUGGCCGUGCAGGAGGACGAGGACCUGACCGCCCGCAACAUGCACCCGGGACAGGCGCUGCUCAUCUUCCAGCGGGUCAUCGCGCUCUUCUGGCGUUGUGAUGAAUGUAGAGUGCGCUUCCUCCAGUACAAAAUCGACAAGGAGAAGGUGAAGGCACCAUGUCAAGCUUCCCUUUGGCUGUGGAGCGUCCACAGUGGCAUCAACGCCAAGCUCAGCUCCGGAAUCGCACAGGACAGCCCCUGGCCGGGCCCAGGCCGCAGCCCUGCGCAGUGGCCCUCCAGGCAUCUCUGCCCUGCUUGCUACGAUCCCCGACACAAUGCGUCGAACAGGAUGCUGCCGCGCCAGAUUUGCAACUUCUUGUGGAAUGACUUCUAUCGAUCUUGGGCGACGGCCGCAGUGAAUGGCAGUGGCCGCACAUCGAGCAACUUCACAGAGGCAUGGGAGGAGCAUGGCGGCCUGGGAGGGUUCGACGAGGCCACAAGUGCGCUGGGAUGCCUUUGCCUGGCCCUGGUGCUUCUUAUCCUUGCCGGCAUCCACCAGCAAGGUGCCGCUGGCACCUUGAGGGAAGGCCGAGAGCGAAGCGGUCGAAGCGGCUGGCUGCUAACGGAGGAGUCCUAGAUCUCGACCCCGGACGGCUCCACCGCGAUGUGCCGCCUCAGCCGCGCUGCGCAUGGACGGACCCCGGUUGACCCCCGCUGACCCCGCUGACCCUGCUGACCCUGCUGACCCUGGACAUUCGAGGAAGCGACCUGAGGUCGGUCUUUCUUCCUUUUGGAGAAUCCGAUCUUUUGUUUUUCGAGAAUCGCCUCGUUUGGCGCAAAGCACGUUAUUCCCCGCCGCUUUGCUGAAGUGAGCUGUGGAGCGGAGCCUGUGCCAUCCUUUCCCUCAAGCGGAGGGGAGAGAGGCCCAUCGUUCUGCAGCUGGUUCCUUUCGAAGAAAGGCAAAGCGCGGAGAGUCAAGGCAAAGCGUGGUGCGAGGGCAUGUCAGAUGAGCCACUUGCUC